AUGUGCAACACUGAAAAUUGCCAGAGAUGUCCUGAUCACGAAUGGCCAAAUGAGUCUAAAAACAAAUGUGUCAUCAGGAAUCAUGAGUUUUUCUCCUAUGAGACUGAUGUUCUUGCUUUAGUCUUUUCCAUCAUCUCCACAUUACUCUCUCUUAUAACUUUCUUUAUAAUUGGAAUAUUCUCUUUAUUCCAGAAAUCUCCCAUUGUCAGAGCCAAUAACCAGAACCUCAGCUUCAUUCUACUGACCUCUCUCAUGUUCAGCUUACUCUGUGUGUUUCUAUUCAUCGGUCGUCCAGUGGAUAUAACCUGCAUGCUACGACAAAUUUGCUUUGGGAUCUUCUUUACAGUUGCUGUGUCUUCUGUCCUGGCCAAGACCAUCAUAGUCUGCAUAGCAUUCAAGGCCACCAGACCUGACAGCUCCUGGAGAAAGUGUGUGGGAGUUAGGCUUCCUUAUUCUGUAGUGUUGGUCUGUUCAUCUAUUCAGGUUCUGAAUGCAGUUAUCUGGUUGUCAGUUUCUGCUCCAUAUCAAGAACUAAACCUGGAUUAUCCUGGGAAGAUCAUCCUCCAAUGUAAUGAAGGUUCCAUCUUGGCUUUUUACCUCAUGUUGGGUUAUAUGGGGCUUCUGGCGGCUUUAAGUUUUGUUCUGGCUUUUAUGGUGAGGACAUUACCUGACAUCUAUAAUGAAGCCAAGUUCAUCACCUUCAGCAUGCUGGUGUUCUGCAGUGUCUGGAUCUGCGCCAUCCCAGCCUAUCUGAGCAGUACAGGAAAGCACAUGGUCAUCGUAGAGAUAUUUGCUAUAUUGUCCUCAGGAGGUGGAAUAUUGAGCUGCAUGUUUUUACCUAAAUGUUAUAAUAUCCUGAUAAAACCUGAAGUGAGCAGUAAAUGA